GCGGAGCUUCGGGGGAGCGGGUUCGCCGUCGCCUCCGCCGCCUCCGCGCUCGGUGGCCCCGAUGCCCGCUCGCGGCCCUCCGCUCUCGGGAGCCCCGGCCUGCCGUGCGGGCAUGCCCUAACUCCAUGAAGACCCCAGUACUGUUUCUGUCCCUGUGCGUAAGAAGCUCUGAGUCCCACAGUGUUGCCUGGCCCCUGGCCUUUCAGUAUGGGGAGGAUCAGCAUCUCUUGUCUUUUCCCUGCUUCUUGGCAUUUUAGCAUCUCUCCAUUGGGCUGUCCUCGAAUUCUGAAUACCAACUUACGCCAAAUCAUUGUCAUUAGUGUUCUGGCUGCAGCUGUCUCACUUUUAUACUUUUCUGUUGUCAUAAUCCGAAAUAAGUAUGGGCGUUUCUCCAGAGACAAGAAAUUUCAAAGGUACUUGGCCCGAGUCACAGAUGUGGAGGCCACAGACACCAACAACCCCAAUGUGAACUAUGGAAUCGUGGUCGACUGCGGCAGCAGCGGGUCACGGGUGUUUGUCUAUUGCUGGCCAAGGCAUAAUGGCAAUCCUCGUGAUCUUCUGGAUAUCAGACAGAUGCGGGAUAAAAACCGGAAACCAGUGGUGAUGAAAAUAAAGCCAGGCAUCUCAGAGUUUGCUACGUCCCCAGAGAAAGUCAGUGAUUACAUUUCUCCACUUUUGAACUUUGCUGCCGAGCAUGUGCCACGGGCUAAACACAAAGAGACACCCCUCUACAUUCUCUGCACAGCUGGCAUGAGAGUCCUCCCUGAAAGCCAGCAGAAGGCCAUCCUGGAAGACCUCCUGACGGACAUCCCCGUGCACUUUGACUUCCUGUUCUCUGACUCCCAUGCUGAAGUCAUUUCAGGGAAGCAAGAAGGUGUGUAUGCUUGGAUUGGCAUUAACUUUGUCCUGGGACGAUUCGAGCAUAUUGAGGAGGAUGAUGAGGCCGUUGUGGAAGUUAAUGUUCCUGGGAGUGAGAGCAGCGAGGCCAUCAUCCGGAAAAGGACAGCGGGUAUUCUCGACAUGGGAGGCGUGUCCACUCAGAUAGCAUACGAAGUCCCCAAAACUGUAAGCUUUGCCUCCUCACAGCAGGAGGAAGUAGCUAAAAACUUAUUAGCUGAAUUUAAUUUGGGCUGUGAUGUUCACCAAACGGAGCAUGUUUACCGAGUCUAUGUGGCCACAUUUCUUGGGUUUGGUGGCAACGCUGCUCGACAGAGAUAUGAAGACAGAAUAUUUGCCAGCACAGUUCAGAAAAACAGGCUCCUGAGUAAACAGACUGGUCUGACCCGUGAUGCUCCCUACCUGGACCCAUGCCUGCCCCUGGACAUUAAAGAUGAGAUCCGACAAAAUGGACAGACCUUGUACCUGCGGGGAACAGGAGACUUUGAUCUGUGUCGAGAAACCCUCCAGCCUUUCAUGAACAAAACCAAUGAGACACAGACAUCCCUCAAUGGCGUCUACCAGCCUCCAAUUCACUUCCAGAACAGUGAAUUCUAUGGCUUCUCUGAGUUCUACUAUUGCACCGAGGAUGUGUUGCGGAUGGGGGGAGACUACAAUGCUGCCAAAUUCACUAAAGCUGCAAAGGAUUAUUGUGCAACGAAGUGGUCGAUCUUGCAGGAACGCUUUGACCGAGGGCUCUAUGCCUCCCAUGCUGACCUCCACCGGCUGAAGUAUCAGUGCUUCAAAUCCGCCUGGAUGUUUGAGGUGUUCCAUAGAGGGUUUUCCUUUCCCAUCAACUACAGAAGCCUAAAGACCGCCUUGCAGGUGUAUGACAAGGAAGUGCAGUGGACCCUGGGGGCCAUCCUUUACAGGACUCGCUUCCUGCCCCUGAGGGACAUCCAGCAGGAGAGUUUCCGGGCCAGUCAUGCGCACUGGCGGGGCGUCUCCUUUGUCUACAACCACUACCUGUUCUCGGGCUGCUUCCUCGUGGUCCUGCUGUCCAUCCUCCUCUACCUGCUGCGGCUCCAGCGUUUCCACCGGCGGGCACCGCGCAGUGGCUCAGCUGCGGCCCUCUGGCUGGAGGAGGGCCUGUCCUCCCAGAAGGGCCCCGGCCCCUUGUGAGCUGUGAGCUGCUCCAGCAAGACUGCCUCUGCGAAAAGCCACUUUUGCCUCAGGGUUUCACCUCCACAUACUCUGAUACUUUGUUUUUCCCUGUCUUUUUGUGAAAACAACACCCAUUGUUUGUAAGUCCUGAUGUCUGGCAGUGCAGCGUUCAGCUGUUAGGACUACAGCUUUAAACUGAGGAGUAGGAAAAGGGAAAUUCACUGGACUCUUGCUGCAUAGAUAUUCUCCAAAAAUUAGUAAAAAUUUUUGUUUUAUUCUAUGGUAUGUUAAAUUAUCAACAAAUGCACUUUGUGUGGGACAAGUGGAAAAGAUACUUUCCCUUCUGUCGGUGAGUUCCUUGUGCAGAAUCAAAAUGCAAAUGCUGUCUCAAAAGCUCAACCUAAGGAGAAUGGCACUUCAUUUUUAUUUAUUGCUCAGGUAUCACUUUAUGUGUUUACUUUGCUGAUACAAACAUUCAGAAUCAUUCAUAGCCAAAAUAGGUGACAGUAGGCACCAGGCGGUAGUGAGAUGUGAAAGACGUGAGCUUUGGGCACGAGGUGUGCCUGUGACAGGUGCGAGGACCCGGACGAGGCACAGGGUGUCCUGCAGGCACUCGCGUCAGAAUUGACUGGCGCCUUCGUUCAGGAAAUACUCCCCUGCCCCUGCGUUGCUGUCGCUUUACCUGCCCAUGGAUCCUCUGCAGCCUUGAGACACUUCGGUUUUUAAAAACUUAGACAGUUCAUAGUUUCCUUGUUUGACUGUCAGGACUAGAGCUGGUGCUCAUUGGAGGCACAGGGACAUUGCUUAGGAGCACAGUUCUGCUUGCUUAACUGUGUUCGUCUCUUGCAGCUCAAGCUCAGUAUUGCCCCCAACUCCCGUAAGGAAAGGUCAUCUAGCAGUUGUAUCUGGGAGAGCCUCUGUAUCACCUGACCAGUUCUCAUCGUCACUACUGUAUUCGCAACCAACUUUGGCAAUGGUGUGGUAAGUCCACACUAUGAAAGAAAUCUGAAUUUAACACAAAAAAAAUAAACUCAGGUUUUGAAGAAAACAAAUUUGACAUUUUAAGCAAAAACCCAAAAAGGACAACGGAUUGGCAUGUUUGAAGUUGAUUUUUUUAUUGUUUAUUUUUUGUUGGGUUUUUAAAUUUUAACAAUUCAUUUUGUUAAAAAGUUUAGGACUUCUCACUCAUAGCUUUUGUUAGAAGUUUUUUUUGUGGGAGUACAUGUGUGUGUACACAUAUUUCCUCACUAAAGCAGUUAAAUUCAUGUAGCUGAUGGUGGAUUUUGAGAACCAUUAGGUACAAAUUAGAAAAUCAUUGCUUAGAGAGAGAAUUUAAAUUCUGAAGCCCUGUUUCACUUAAGAAAAAAGUUCUGAUAUACCGCAUGCUGAUGACUUUAAAGACUACAAACUUAAAAAAGAAAAGCAAAUUCUCUUCUUCAGAAUGAGCAUUCUAGCAAUGACAGAGUCAUAGGUAGGAGGUAGAGGAGGUGGCUGGUGUUAGAGUUAAUAGGCAGGCUUGUUCCAGAAAGCCCAACACUGGAGUGAGUGUCCCUGUGAACCCCCAGCCACGGAUGAGCCUGUCAUAGUGUCCCAGCAGGCCAUGGGGCCAGUGUGCCCCCCUUGGACUCAUAGGAGAGGUGGCUCUGUGGACCACAGAUGGUGUCAGUGUCAAAAGAUGUAUGUUUACACUUUAGCUUUUUGUUACCGUCCAGUUGGAAUAGUAAAGCCUGGUAACAUGUAGAAAGAAAAUUGUUCUUUAAAAUCAGGACAAAGGGAAGCCAGCUCAGGAACAGAUCUACAGAGCCUCAUUAAGACUCUUUCCCGUAAAUUGCCCCUCUUUAAAUGAGGGAUGUGAGUUUGGUCCAGCUCUUGGCAGUUUGGGAGAUCAAAUUGUCCAACCAAAGAGGUCUUCAGCCAACCCUGAGGAUCCCUGCCGCUGAGACACACACCCCCCUCCACCCAAAGCAUCCCAAAUACUUUAUGUGGUAAAGCCAUGCUCCUCUGACAGCUCCUUGAAGCAGGGCUUCAAGACCUGUGAGCAAAGGAUUUUUAAUUAAAAAGUUAAUGUAUAAUCCCUUCACUGGGGAGAUUGAGGGGCAAGAGGGGUUGCUAGUUCAAGUCUAGCCUGAGCACAGCAAGAUCCAGUCUCAAAAA